AUGCUAUGCUACUACAUAUAUGCAACUAUUACCAAUCCACCUGUUCCACGGCCAUGCUACGUUACUAUAUGCUUCUAUUACCCAUGCAGCUGUUCCACGGCCAUGCUGUGCGCGGCCAUCAUGACGCAGCAUUGGGAGCACGUGUCGUGGGAACGCGCCGCCCUGGCAGCAUUGGCCAACGCCUCAAACACCGCUAUACAAUGGCUGCUAGACGAGAAAGUUGUUAAGAUUGAAGACUCAAAUCAGCGUAAAGGAGGCGGAACGUUCUUAGUUCCAAUGAACGGCGGCAUUUGGACUAUGUGCGUGUCUUUAGAAGAGGAGGAAGUAUCAAUAUUAUCCCGAGCGGGUUUCCCUAAACAGCCGCUAUGCACAAAUUACUUGGCGGAUGGUGAUGACGAGGAACAGAGAGGUGAUUGGCAACAUCGUAUGCAAAAUCUGUCAAUAUCGUGCGCCCUGGUGUGUCUCAUAGUGUUGGUGAGCGCGGCCCUUGUCGGCGCCUUCGGUGUGUGUAAACAUCAGAUUAGCGCCGUACUUGUCACAGGAGUGAUGUAUCUAUUAGCUGGUCUGUUCGCGAUGUUCACGCUGAUGAUAAUCCACUUGAAGCGAGCUCGUGUGUCUCUAAGACCGUUGGACGGCGAUGGAGUCAUCGGUCCACGACACCCAGCCCUUCCAUUACUGACUGCGAGGGAGUUUAACACUUCUUGGUCACUAGAACUUGGUUGGGGCGGCGUAGUACUAGCGACAACCGCUUCGUUACUAUGGAUUCUGCUGUCCAAGAUCAUGAGAUAUAACCCUAUAUUGGGAAUGAUAUAA